UUUCACUCUUGAGUGAUACUUGUGAGCAUUACUCGCUUAAAUUUAAUGAAAUGUUCGCCAUUCGCAGUUUUCGACUGUGUCCUUUUUGUAUCCGCGUAGUUUCCCGCAGUGGAGGAGGAAAUGGAGGAUGGAGGGCUCUCAUGAGUCACACCACCAGCCUGAAGUAUGCUAACAUGACCAAGGAACUGCAGCAGAAUUGGGGUAUAGUGGUACCAAAACGCCACUGUCAAAGGGAUUUGGAGGAUUUAUACAACAAUAAUUCCGUCCAGAGGUACCUUCAGCAGCUCAUGGAGGAGUUUAAACAAGUCAGUGAGAAGUUACAGCAUGUCUUUCUCAGUGAAUCAGACAGAAAAACACUGGUGAGGAAACAUGCAGAGCUCCUGCCUUUGUCAAAUGUCUGUGAGACGAUUGAACAAGCCAGGAAAGACCUGGAAGAAGUUGUUUCAUUACUGCAGAGUUCAGCUGGCUCCAAAGAUGAAGACAAACAUCUGACCCAGCUGCUCAAAGAGGAAGAAGCACAAAUAUCCAACAAAAUUCAGGCCUUAAACAAAGCUCUGAUCAAAGCUCUGGUCCCUGCUGACUCGCUUGACUCGAGUGACGUCAUGUUGGAGGUUGUAUCAGGACGGACAACUGGAGGAGACAUCUGCCAGCAGUUCACCAAAGAAAUGUUUGACAUGUACCAAGGCUUUGCCGGCUACAAAAACUGGAACUUUGAGGUUCUGAACUACACUCCUGCAGAGUACGGUGGACUGCACCACGCAGCAGUCAGGAUAGCCGGGGAGAAGGUGUACGGACACCUGAAGCAUGAAGGAGGAACGCAUCGGGUGCAGAGGAUCCCAGAGGUGGGCCUCUCCUCCAGGCGGCAGUGCAUCCACACAGGAACCAUGACCGUCAUCAUCCUGCCGCAGCCGAUGGAGCUGGACGUCCACAUCGACCCAAAAGAUCUGCAUAUCGACACGUUCAGGUCUCGGGGCGCUGGCGGCCAGAGUGUCAACACGACGGACAGCGCAGUGCGAAUAGUUCACCUUCCCACAGGAAUCACGGCUGAGUGCCAGCAGAGUCGCUCGCAGCUCCAAAACAGAGACACCGCCAUGCAAGUGCUCCAGACAAGACUCUACCAGAGCAUGCUGGGUAAAGAGACUGAGCAGAGGCACACAGCGCGAAAGCAGCAGGUGGGCACACGGCAUCAGUCAGAGAGGAUCCGGACCUACAACUUCAGCCAGGAUCGUGUCUCCGAUCACCGCACUGGAUACAGCACAAGAGACAUUAAGGAGUUCAUGAGAGGAGGCGAGGCCCUCGAGGAUUUGAUCUUGGAUCUACUGGAACACUCGGAACGGGAGGCUCUGAUCCAGGCGGUGGAGAGCAGCGUCGGUUGUCCUCCAUCAGAGUUGGGAAAGCCUUCAGACUGACAAAUGCAAUUUAUGUUUAUGCAAAUGUCAAACUUCAAAAACGGAAGAACUAACUUAAUUCUUAUUUU